AUGGGCAAAGUCAGGGGACGUCAGGGAAUAGAAGGUGGUAACAUGGGCAAAGUCAGGGGACGUCAGGGAGUAGACAGUGAUAGCAGGGGCAAAGUCAGGGGACGUCAGGGAAUAGAAGGUGGUAACAUGGGCAAAGUCAGGGGACGUCAGGGAGUAGACAGUGAUAGCAGGGGCAAAGUUAGGGGACGUCAGGGAAUAGAAGGUGGUAACAUGGGCAAGGUCAGGGGACGUCAGGGAGUAGAGAGUGAUAGUAGGGGCAAAGUCAGGAGACGUCAGGGAGUAGAAGGUGGUAACAAGGGCAAGGUCAGGGGACGUCAGGGAGUAGAGAGUGAUAGCAGGGGCAAAGUCAGGGGGCCUGAGGGAGAAGAUAAUGGUAACAAGGGCAAAGUCAGGGGACGUCAGUAA